AUGAUCCCCAGGAAGAGAUCAGCGUAAACACAGGUGUGGGAGCCCCUCAUGGAGCCCCGGGGUGAGCAGCCUCUACAAGAGCUCCCCCCAGAAGAGUCCCUGCCCAAGGACUCGGGCCUCCAGGCGGCUCCCGGAAUGCACACUCUGUAUGUGGGACAUCUGAACCCCCAGUUCUCAGUGCCCGUGCUCACUUGCCUGCUGCGAGACACCUUGGAGCGGCUUGAGCUGCCGGUGGCGCGGGAGCACAUCGAGGUGGUGCGGCGGCCGCGCAAGGCCUACGCACUGGUGCAGGUGGCCACCCACAGGGCCGCCUUGGCCUCCCUGCCCUGGCGCCUGCAGAUGGCCCUGGAGGAGCACCUGAUCCUCAAGGAACUGGCAGCGCACGGGAAGGAGCUGGUGGUGGGUGAGGGCCGGGGGCCCUUAAACCGCCGAGAGGAGAAGCAGAGGAGAGAGGAGGACAGUGGCCUGAGUCCAGGCCCCAGCCCCAGCCCCAGCCCCAGCCCGGACUCCGGCCUCCCAGUGCCUGCCUGGCCUACAGUCACGUCGGCCAAACGGCCCCGGGCCCGGCAGCAGCAGAGCUGCCACAGCCGGCCCAGCGGCGUCUGCUCCGACAGCGCCAUCAUGCACCAGGAGAUCCUGGGCCAGGAGCAGCUGUUCCAGGGCGCCUUCCUGGGCAGCGAGACACGCAACAUGGAGUUCAAGCGGGGCGGCGGCGAGUACCUGAACCUGGCCUUCAAGCACCACGUGCGGCGCUACGUGUGCGCCUUCCUCAAUAGCGAGGGCGGCAGCCUGCUCGUGGGCGUGGAGGACAGCGGCCUGGUGCAGGGCAUCCGCUGCAGCCACCGCGAUGAGGACCGCACACGCCUGCUGGUGGACUCCGUCCUGCAGGGCUUCAAGCCCCAGGUCUUUCCCAACGCCUACACCCUCACCUUCAUCCCCGUGGUCAGCACCUCCACGACCAGUGUUCCCCUCAAGGUGAUCCGCCUGACCGUGCACACCCCCAAGGCCCAGGGCGAGCCCCAGCUCUACCAGACAGACCAGGGGGAGGUGUUCCUGCGGCGCGAGGGGAGCAUCCAGGGCCCACUGUCCGCCAGCGCCAUCCAGGAGUGGUGCAGGCAGAAGUGGAUGGUGGAGCUGGGCCGGCUGGAGGAAAAGGUGAAGGUGCUGACGGCGGAGAAGGAGCAGCUCCAGCAGCAGCUGCGGCGGCACUGGCCCGUGUCCUGCACCUGCUGCGUCCUGUGAGGGCGCCAGCGAGCGGCACGACGGCACUGCGCCCUCCGCAGGGAGCUGCAGGGAUUUCCUGUUUACACCUGAGUCCUACCAAUAAAACCCAUCCGGGCCACUCAGAGCUCCUUCAACACGGCACCUCGGCUGGUCCCCACGUGGCUUCAACCCUGAGCAGACCCUGGUCUGUGCAGCUAAGAAAUUGCUCUCAGCACUAUCUCCGAGGAACCUUACUUUCAGUAAGAAUUUGUAAAACCUUGGCCAGAGUUACCCUAGGGCUGAGCUAGAAGGGACUGUCCCUCUUCCUAAAAUGCUCAUUUGGCCCAGGGUGGGGUCUGUGACUCCAGUUGGCUAGACUGGUGCCAGAAAGGAUAUGUCAUCCUGGAGCCCCUUGCAGAUGGCGAGACACAUUUGGUGACUGUGGUCACAGGGCAGACAGGCCACCCUGCAGCCCCCACCCUGGACUUGCCGGAACCUGUGGCUGUCAGAGCUCUCUAAUAAAUUGCACAUGC